UGCCCAUCCAACUGCCGACAAGUAAACUAUUUAACAAUGUUAAUGCUGAGGCUUGGUGUCAUCUUGGUAUUAGAAUACACCACGGCUUUAGUUAUACAUAAGCCUCCAAUAAUUCAUACAAAUCUCCCAUACCUCAAUGUCAAGGAAAAUUCAAGAGUUGGAACAGAGAUUGUCAUAAUAGACGCUUCAAGUCAAACAAAUGACGAAGUUACUGUGACAACACACGACAAUGCGACAGCAUCAAGAGUUUUUCUGUUCCCCACUAUAGUAGGAAUCAACUCGACAUACAUAGUUGCUCUUAAGAAGAUCCCGGAUAGAGAGGUCGAACGUACAUGGUAUUUGACAUUUCAAGCACAUGACAAUCAUGGUAAUACUUUAUUGACUUUGCCACUACAUAUUGAUGAUGUCAAUAACAACGCCCCCUUUUUUGUGCACGGCCAUUAUCGUUCUGUUGUUGGAUAUGGAUUGGCAGUUGGGUCCAAAAUUUUACAUGUAACAGCAAUGGAUGCGGACGAUGGACCAAAUGCAGCAAUAAACUACUCGAUGAGCCCCUACCAGGUGCCUUCUCCCUCGUGCAGAUACAAGGCUUUUGUUAUCGAUCCAAUCACAGGAGAUAUAACGUUAAAGAAGAAACUCCAGCAUGGUCAUACAACUUAUCAUUAUCAAGUCAAUGCAACGGAUAAUGGUGUUCCGAAACUAUCCUCAUCAACAUUAGUCAAUAUCGAAAUUUCACUUGAAUAACAUGACAGAAAGAAAAGGAAUUUUCAAUAAAACUAAGGAAUAGAUAACUGUUUUUAGAAAAACAAAUUUCGUUAAAUAGUAAUCAUAAAAAUGCAUGAUGCUUUCUGAUUUUGUUUAUCAAUCUUCUUGCUAUGGAAAUUUAAUAUAUGUCUUUUCACACACAUUCAUGUGGAAUAUGAACAAAGUUGGGUUUCCAUCCGUAUAAAAACAAGAACUCACAGAACAUCUAUGCAUUAUUCU